AUGUGGUUGGCCAUGAAAGGGGGCCUCUCUAUAGACGACAAAAUUCGAAAGGCAGGCAUUCCCAUUGCAUCAAAAUGUAUGUGUUGCUCUCAAGGGGGAUAUGAGGAUCUAGAACACGUAUUGGCCUUGGGUGACGUUGCUCAACAAAUCUGGAAAAAAGCUUCAACCUUACUGGGAAUUCGAUAUUUGCAGACUCGAGGAUGGAGGGAGCGUGUAGAAACCUGGGAACUUAAUAUCCCGAACAAGCUGAUUAAAAGAAAAAACUUUAAAGUAGUGAGAUGGCAACGACCAUUGGAGAGGUGGUAUAAACUCAAUACUGAUGGGUGCUGCCUGGUUAACCUUGGAUUUUGUGGUGCUAGAGGUAUUAUUCGAAAUGAAAGAGGUGAUAUUGUCAUAGCCUUGCUGAGGAACUCAGUGAGGAUACUAAUAAUAGAGCUGAGCUAUUGGCAUUAUUAUAUGCGCUUUGACAUGCUAAAAGAUUGGGGAUUAAUCGUCUUGAAGUGGAGAUUGAUUCAUUGA